GCUCCUAUCGAAAUCAAUGGAAUCGGUAAGGGGAAGCUAUCUCCAGUUCAUAUACAACUCGGUGACUCAAUUUGUGGUUCGUAUUCAUGAAACGCGCUGUGUUUUGCGAUUGGUUGUGAUGUAGGGGAUUCGAUAUGCGAACCAAUGAGACAAAAAUGAUGCUGUAAAUGAUUAGAACAACAACGUCAUGUGUGACGCGCUUACCUAAAGAGGAUUUUACAAAUCGCGGACAUUUGGGAUACAUUCAUUUGAGACUGAAAACCAGAUAUGUCCGCUGUACUGCGAGGAAUCGUGACAGCCCGCUCGGCUCUAGCCUUGCGUGGACCUAACAUUUCUCAACGCGCCAGCAUCAUCACUAGACCAGCCAAGGAACCACUCGGCUCAUUCGAGACGAUCACUGGCAUGGGGCUGUUUGCGCUGGCCAUCCUGGGACCCUCGGGUUGGAUCCUGGCUAACAUAGACUCCUAUAAGUCGAAAGAAUGAGAAGACUGCACCUGUACACAGCCUGGACGUCAUAGCUGUCAUUCCCUAUUCGGAACCAUCACCCCUCUGCUUCCGAACUCUCCGUGGAACAAAUCUUAAAUUUCCCAUUAGCCAACCAGCUACCUCUCCACCAACUGUUUACUUAACUUCAACAGUCUUUGAAACCUCAACUGUGGGUGCACAGAUGAUCACAAAGCUCGUAUUUGCGGAGACUUCUGUUCCCUCUGUUACAAUAAAGACGUAUUUAAACCUUUA